UAGAUAUGUAUCUGAUCGCAUUCUUCAGCGUAUUGUGGACAGUAGAAUGUGCCAAUUACCAACGAUAUGGAGUAUCUUCAACCCCGAACCCGUAUUCUACCUACUCUACAAUAUCGAACCUGUAUAACCAAUAUCCACCGAAAACCACUUACGGAAGCGACAUAUCAAACUUUCCCGAAGCAACGAGGUAUCCUAAUUAUAAUCAAGGCUACUCAACUAAUAAUUACAAUUCGUAUUCUUCAUCGAGUGGAUUGUACAAUGGGGUUUACAGCACUCAGAGAUAUGGGCAAAAUUAUGGGCAGAACUACGGGCAAAAUUAUGGACAAAAUUAUGGAGGUUAUAGUUCUUACGAGAUGCCGUUUAUGACGAAUAUUAGAGAUUAUUGUAUGAACCGGUCUCCUCAAGUUGGGAUUUGGGUGGACAACCUGAUGGGUAUGUGGUAUGGAGUGGAGUUCAUCCAGCACCUGGCCGGAGACGCGAGGGUGGACUACGCCAGAUCCUGCAUCGUUGUUCACAUCUCCGAGCCGGUGGAUCAGCCAUCUACUGAGAAUCAGCUGUUCCACGUUCAGCACAUCAACGCCAAGUUCCGCCAGGAUUUCCGUCACCUGCGCCUGUUGUGGGACGAGGCCGGUCAGACUACGGAGUACGGGCUGUACUUCAGGAACGACUCUGCUGGCUAUUGGCAGGUCUUCGAUGGACAAAAUGGAACAUUGACAACCCGUCCUAACUACCAGCAGUUCAGCGGUUCAAUACAAGUGCUAAAGGCGGUGAGCGGUCACUUGGUGCUCAACUUUUGUCAAGAACCUAAAAACGGAAGGCCCGCGCAGUUAUAUUCCGUCCUUUUUUCUCGUGAUCCUGGCGCCAUGGCUCGGUGGGAGAUAGACUCUAUUCACAGCAUGCUGCAGAAUAAGAAGUUGUCUGUGGCAUCUAGAAGAAUGGUGUGUGGUAACAGCGCUGAAAGAACACUGCAAAGUAUAUUUGUCUGCUUCAUAUUACUUAUUCUUGGCAAGUCCACGUCAUAGUUUUAUGUUUGACUGAUUGAGUUCUACAAUGAUCUCGCUCGACUCGUCUCUUUUCAAAAACUUCAAAAAACGAAAAUGUUCGUAAUUCGACUGUUUGUUUUCCAAUAGAGCCUUGCGAUGUGUUUUUGUUACUAAUACUUACAGAGAAUGAUAAAUUUUAUAUAUACAUAAUAUAUUUAUGAGAUAAAUAAAGAAAAAAAUCCUAGAAUUUAAUUGCAGUUAUUUCAAUCUUUAAAAAGGGACUAGUAUUAGUGAAGUAGAUGCAAGAGCUUUAUGGUAAAUGUCAAUUGAAUACUCAUAUCAUUAUGAUGACGAAUUCAAUAUUUAUAAAUGCAAAAAAAAUAUUAUCCGUCCCAAUAAGUGUUCACGUUAGACGUUGACCGAAUAUUUUCAUUAAAUAUUGUAUGAAAAAUUUUGUUAUGGCCAUAAUAAGUACAACACAAAUAGGUAUAUCUUAUCAGACGUAUGACAGCAAAGAAAAAAAAUUCGUCGAACAUCAAUAAUUUGUCUAGUAAAUAGAAAUGUUUGAUGAAAUAUAAAUUGUUGUAUGAUUUGUAUAUUGCACAAUAUAAUAAAAGCACAAAAAUAAUGUAUUAACUUGACGAUUUUAUCAUAUUUUUAAAUCAUAAACUUGGGUCAGUAAAAAAGUGUCUACUUCAUUUGUAUGAAUUGCAUGGAAUAAAUGCAUUUCUAAUCACAUAUUAUUUGUUUUGUAUUAGUGAUAGAUAAUUACAUGAAAACCAAAGAUAAUUAAGUAUUUUAAAGUUGUAAAGUUUUACCUAAAAUAUUUAUGAAUGAAUUAAGAAAUAAAAUACAGAAUUCACAA